AGACAGAUGCGUCGGAUAUGGGCCUCCAAGACGGGGGUCACUCUCAUCUUGGACGGACUGAACGCAGCGACCGGGGAGCAAGCUGGUCCUUUCAUCACGCAGCUCGCUAAGCUCGUGCGAGACGCCACACUCCCCAUCGACACUAUUAUUGUCUCCAGCACACCGAAGCCCCAUAUCAAUGCGGAGAUGCAGAGGGCCAACCUUCGAGACGUCGUCAAGAUCGUUCGGAUUGAAGAAUAUGAUUCGCCAGACGACGUCAACUUAUCCCUUAGACAGGCAUUUGAUACGAUGCGCAGCAGCCACCGAAUCUCUGCUUCGUGUCCCGACGAACGCGAUCUCUCGACGCUCGUCGAGCUCACCAGUGGUAGCUUUGCCUCUGCGACAGCCUUAGUUAACAUGAUAAACAAGGGUCACCGUCCGGGCCGUCUUUCUCUCCUCUUCAGCAUGCUGCGUGGUGAUGUGUCAUACGUCUGGGAAACGAUCGAGCGCCAGAUACCAGUUAACGUUGAUCAAGCUGAGGCUUGCACUCGCGGACUGCAGUACCUCUACACUAUCAUCGAUCUUGUCGAAGAGCUAGCAAAUCCGAAGCUGCGUAAGGUUGUUGGCGUUGACGUUACUCCGUAUCUUCGCCCCUUUUCGGCGCUCCAAUUGGUCUCUCCUACCUCUUCACUCAACCCUGCUCAGAUCUACAGCACGUCGCUACAGGAAUUAAUGACGACCUAUACACCAGCCACGCGCGAAAAGGUCAAAAACUACAACAAGUGUCGACAUCUGAGUACAGCGAAAGAGCGGGAGUCGCAAACGAGACGAACCAAAGGCGAAUUAUGCAAUACCAUGUCUGCAGCCAAUGUCCUUCCCAGUCGUAUUCGUGGCUUUCUUGCCCCAGAGGAUCAGCUAUUUUCCAUUCGGCACACCUCAGGAUACGGUAAUUCCUAUUUGGACAGAAAGGGUGCGCUGGAGGGACAUCGUGUCCGGGCACGAUGGACGAGAACGAACCAU